AAAGAAGAAAAGGAAUAUGGCGGAAAGCGUUAAAAAGGAUGUCGCAAUUGAUUGCAAUUCUUUAGCUUCUCAUCAGACAGGAAACAUUUCUGGGUUGAAAAAUCUGAUGGCGUCAAGAACUGAUGACAGAAAAGACAGUAACCGCAGUGAUGACGCCAUUCCUGAUAUUGGCGAUCACUAUUUUGUUCGAAGAUCGGACAAUUCAUGGCAUCCCGCGGAAAUUAUUCAGGUCAGGGUUGACGAUUCCGGCUGUAAACACGAAUUUUAUGUGCAUUACGAGGGUUUUAACCGGCGACUGGACGAGUGGGUUCAGAUAGACAGAUUUAAUCUCUCCACCAAGAUUGAUGACCAGCAGACGAAAGUGAAAGACCUCACAAUUAAUCUAACUGAUCUUGCAGACAGGACGGAUAGAAAAAUCACCCGAAAUCAGAAACGAAAACACGAUGAAAUCAACCAUGUCCAAAAAAGCUACGCAGAAAUGGAUCCAACAACAGCUGCUCUGGAAAAGGAACAUGAAGCCAUUACAAAAGUCAAAUAUAUUGAUAAAAUUCAAAUCGGGAGAUAUGAAAUUGAUGCCUGGUAUUUUUCACCAUAUCCUGAAGAGUAUGGCAAGCAGCCGAAGUUGUUUAUUUGUGAGUUUUGCUUGAAGUAUAUGAGGCUAGAGAAAACGUACAGAUACCAUCAAAGCCAGUGUACCUGGAGACAUCCACCUGGGAAGGAGAUCUAUAGGAAAGGAACAGUGUCUGUAUUUGAGGUUGAUGGCAAAGAUGUGAAGAUCUACUGUCAGAAUCUCUGCCUCCUUGCAAAACUUUUCCUUGACCACAAGACCUUGUACUUUGAUGUUGAGCCAUUCCUAUUCUACAUUUUAGUCGAAGUUGACAGAAGAGGCUGUCAUCUGGUUGGUUACUUCUCCAAAGAAAAGGAAUCACCAGAUGGUAACAAUGUCGCUUGUAUCCUGACUCUCCCUCCAUUCCAAAGAAAAGGUUAUGGAAAAUUUCUCAUUGCUUUCAGCUACGAACUGUCAAAGCUCGAAGGUGCUGUUGGAUCACCAGAAAAACCUUUAUCAGAUUUGGGGAAGCUGAGUUACAGAAGUUAUUGGUCCUGGGUCUUGCUUGAAAUCUUACGAGACUUUCGUGGGACUCUUUCCAUAAGGGAGUUGAGUCGAAUGACAAGUAUUGGUCAAAAUGACAUCAUCAGCACAUUGCAGUCACUGAACAUGGUGAAAUACUGGAAGGGACAGCAUGUGAUUUGUGUGACCCCGAAGCUGGUUGAGGAACAUCUCAAAAGUGCACAGUACAAGCGGCCACCGCUCACCGUCGACACGUUUUGUCUGCGUUGGGACCCACCAAAGAAGAUUCCCAAGUUAAACAAAAAAUGAUCUGGUCUACAUGUGUGCAGCUUAAUUUGGACAAUUUUCAAUUUAUUUGGUGAAAUUGUCAUUCAUGUUUAAUACUGAAAUAUACAUACCCUAAAAUACUAAUAAUGGGAUGGGGAACUCUGUAACUGUUCACAUACUUGACACAUGAAAGUUUACAGAUGUACUUGUUGUAUUUUCAUGUUUUGGUUCAUAUUUUAUAGUGUAUGCUUUCUUAGAAUCUUACUUUAUAAAUUCUCACAACAUGCAAGUCAUAGCUUGUACAGUAAAGAAAUUAUCGUAGGCAAAGUAAACCAUUGCUGGCUUUUCAUCCGGAAUAAUUUAUUUUCUUUCACAGUGCAAUUGACUGCAAGUACCCAAUACUUGUUGUAUUUUCAUGUUUUGGUUCAUAUUUUAUAUUGUAUGCUUUCUUAGAAUCUUACUUUAUAAAUUCUCACAACAUGAAAGUCAUAGCUUGUACAAUAAAGGAAUUAUCGUAGGCAAAGUAGACCAUUGCUGGCUUUUUAUUCGGAAUAAAUUAUAAGUUAUUUUCUUUCACAGGGCAAUUGACUGCAAGUACCCAGUACAUAUAUACAUGUAUGAUUGAUCAUUCUGUUUGCUAGAAACAUUGCUUAAUGUUGUUUUUGGAUUUUUUUGUUGUAAAAUUUCUUAAUGUUUUGUACCCAGUUCUCUGCAAGUGUUGAAGCUUUUGAUAUUAGUAGACAUGGUAAAUAAAAAGGAAUUUGUUUAUGUAUUGAUCAACAAAUGUACAAUGUAUCAUCAUUGUUGUUAAAAGUAUUAAAUUUCAUUUGUAA